UCUUUAACCACCAUUCAAGUUCAAUGCAUUUCACACAUGCAACCACAAACUCUAAACUCCCAAUAAUUUCAGAAAAUAUAUACUUCUUGUAACCAAACAUAAUUAAUUUUAUCAUAUCAUGACAGGAUAUAAUAAAGCAAACACAACCACAAACACGAUUACAGCCAACACCAUCGGUAUGGAACAACCAACGAAGACGACUUGGCGGAGAUUCGUGGGCGUGCGUCAAAGGCCAUCGGGGAGAUGGGUGGCUGAGAUCAAAGACUCGUCUCAACGUGUGAGGCUAUGGCUCGGAACAUACGACUCUCCUGAAGAAGCAGCCCGGGCUUACGACGAAGCAGCCCGGGCGCUUCGAGGCGAGAACGCUAGAACAAAUUUCGCGAAAUCCUCCUCAAUAAAGUCUUCUGGUUGUAACGGGGGAUUAUCCGAAUCUGAAUCCGACAGCCAUCAUGGUCUCAGCUUCUCCUCCUUAAAAGCCAAGUUGAGUAAAAACCUACAAAGUAUCAUGGCCAGGACUUCGGAAAACAAGUCAUCUAAAAGUAGGGUUAGUGACCAUUUCACGUUCGCAAGUAUUUUCCAGUUCAAGGGCACGAAUAACAAUAAUAAUUACACUCCGUACCAGAAUACGAAUGUAAUAGAUGAGAAGGUGGUCCAGCCGAGCAUCAUUGUGCCUCAUAUUGAUGAGCCCUGGUCAUGGGAGAGCAGCUCGUCGUCGAGUUUCUCGAAUGAAGGAAGCAAUGAGUGGCUUUCGGGGCUGAGACAACAUGGUUCGGACUCAGACGGGUCAUCAGAUAGUGUGGGAGAUAUGAAUAUUUAUGACCAAUUAGGGUUUGGGUGGAUUGGUAGUCCUGACUCGGAGGGCUCGAGGAGUAAGAGGUUUAAGGUUUCUUCUUCGGUCAUGGUUCCUCCAAGUUUCAGUAUUAAUUGUGAAUUUCCACAUAAUAUUGAAAAUUAGCUAGAGUAGUCAUUUCUUGAGCUAUGUUUCUAAAAAUAAUACUACUUUGUAGGUAGGUUAAAGAGAGAGCUAGGUGAGAAGAAAUAGAUCAGUAAAUCAGCACCAGGUUUUCACUGUAAUAGUUGGCUAAGCUGGUUAUGCUUCUGGCUGGCUUAUAAAAACUUCACUAAAUCCUGUUAUGUAAAUAAGUGAAUUAAGAUUGCGUUUGGUAA